AAGGUGUCCUUUGGGGCGUGUUAAGUGAAACAUCCGGGUACUGGCGGCACACGGCGUGUUGCCAUACUUCUCAACACGCGAAUGCAGUACUUGUUUGUAAAACACCUUUCACGGACCGUGUUGCAACUAUCACUGCUGAAAAAUUUGUAAAAUUGAAGACCGCCUAUUUCGCUGACGACAUGACCACAGUCACUUUGAUGGUGUCUUCGGGAAGGGGAUUUAUGCACAAUUUGAGACGACCUCCACCUCUUUUACCAGCUACUUCGUGGACGGUGCAGCGAUGUCUUCAGUCGACGCAGCCCGUCCGUGCAGCCCGACUGCCAUACAGGGUCAAAGUGUCUGCCGGGAAACGCUACGCCUGGUGUGCAUGCGGACACAGCAAGAAACAGGCCCAGUUUUCCACAACUCCCCAUAAACCUGUCAUCCCCUCUAAGAAGCCUUUCAAGGUGGAUCUUGUUGGUGGAAAGCGUUACUCCUGGUGCACGUGUGGACACAGCAAGAAGCAGCCUUUCUGCGACGGAUCGCACAAGUCCAAAGCCCAAGGCCUGUCCCCACUGCGCUUCCUCCCCGAGAAAGACGCCACAGUUUGGUUGUGUGGCUGCAAGUACACUAGCAACCCUCCAUAUUGUGACGUUGCUGGGUAUGUCCAUCUUACUUCUGAGGAACUUGGCUAAGUGCAUGACGGACAUGGCUGCCGGGCACUGCAGGAAGCGUUUACCGUUGGACUGACAACAAAGCACGAGCACAGGGUGACGACCACAACCACAUGAAACCAGCAUGCAAGUUCCAACUCCCACUAAUCCUUAUCUGUAAAGUGGAAGCAGCUUUUUACCUUGUCUCCAUCCACCUCUGCACGCUGCCUCUCGUUCGUUCUGCAGGAAAAUACAGAAGUGAAGCUUAUUUUCUUAGUCGAUUCAUCUGAAUGAAGCUUGUUGUUUCAAUUAAUCGACUCAUCGGUGAGGCCCCAGACGGACCAAUUUUUAAUACAUUUACCUGCAUUUUUAACUUCUACUGUAAUGAAACAUUUAUUAAUAACUAAUUAUAUUUUAUCAUUUCUAUUUAUUCAUUUAACAUUUGUUUCAACUCAAAAGUAGUGUUUUUAAAUGAAAUGCAUGUGGUGCAGCCGUACCUGCUAUGCAUAGCGAGAACGUAUAAAACAAAAACAGCACCUAGCACUUUGCUAUUAAACGUUACAAUUAUAAAAUAAACAAAAACAAUUAUCCAAAAGACAAUACAGCCCAGGUCAAGAUAGGAUUUUUAUUCAAUUCAUUAUAAAAUACCAGCAGCAGCAAGUGAGCACAGAAAAACCUUUCCAGAACGGAGUUCAGGGCGCGCAUGCCGCAGUCUACUUGUAUGGUGAAGCUACUCAUUACCGAGGCCUUUUUUGAACGUUUUUGUUCUAUUUUGGGGGUGGGGGGUAAAUGUAAAGUCUUGCAAUUAGCAAACUGGCCUCGUGUAUGUGUGUGCAUCCUACCGCUGACUUAUCAGAAUAAAAGAUGAAAAAUGCAGUUUUGCAUGCCGUCUGCUGCAAGCCGCAGGAUUUCACGAGGACUUUGGUCUCAGCCGACUGAUGUCAUGUGACAUUUGUGACUUGGGCUGCGGAGCUGGUCGAUUCCUGGCGUUAUCGAGUCGAGGCCGCUACCCAACAGUUCGAUACAGAUACAUGUACUCUUGCACCCCCGAUAUCGGCCUACAUGUGAUUGGUUUUGGCAUCUUUACUGUACCAACGUGUGGAACCCCAUCAAGUCGGCGUACCUCAAAUUGUCUGACUCACAUCGACAUGAGCAGUGAUCGAUAUAAUCUUGCACAUUUGCUUGUGACCUAAUCCAGACACGUAAGGCCAAGAGGUGACGAUCCACCACAAAAAAGAAAGGAUCUUUGAUCCGACACCAAAGCUUUGAAAGUAAGUGAGAGUUGCAGUUUGUUGUUUUAAUGAUGAAGCUGACGAUACUGCAACACAUGUUGACAUCAACUGAACUGUCAGAGAAAAACAAAGACUGGACGGGCCACUUUGAUGUUUUACAUUUUGUAAUCUAGGGGUGUAUCGCGAGAUGAUAGUUUCUCGUUUACAGAAAAACUGUCUCGUGAGAACAGGGCAGCCACAAACCCACCAGACUGAACUACAGCAUUGCCACGAUGGAUGAUAACACAAGUCAUAUGAAGUGGCAGGGCACCAGGCAGCAUUGGAAGUGCUUUCCGCACACUGUAAACCUUGCAAUCCAAGCUGGCCUCAGGUUUCCCCGGGUUACUUGCUCGGGUGGCUGAGACGCUGUUUUCCAUCGGAGUCGAACAGCUACCGCAGUGUUAAGGUCCAAGCAGAAGAUGUAGUAUUUCUACACUUGAUCAAACUUAUUUAGGAUUUGUCAGAUCAAACCAUGUGUUACUGUAUUAGCGUCUAUUACUUCCUCUAAGCAUCAUGGGAACUGUAGUUCUUAAAGCGUAAACAACCCUAAUCUACUGCAAUAUAUUUGACAUGUCUUUUCAGAACCGUACGUCAACAUAAAUGAUUAGUAGUCGCAGCUACAACCGCCGUCAUGAUUGUAACUUUGAUCCUGUUUAGUUUUUGUUUCCAUUUGUGGAAAAGUUCACCAGUUCAAAGCAUCCUGCUUAUGAAUGCAAAGUUCUAAAACACUAAAUGUGCCUGCAUUGUUUUGUCACUUGGUUAACUCGUUCAAUCCCAGCCAUUUUUCAAAAGACAACCCCUUCAGUAGCGACCAUUUUAGACAACUUUGACAGAUCUUUUAAAAAGGCCCACAUUUGUAUUAUUGUCUCUUCUGUUGUUGCUUAAUUUAUUGGUAUUUGUUUCUUAUGUUCUUAUUCUUUCUUGUGUUUUCUUUCUUUUCUUGGGAGAAUGAACAGGAUAAGAAUUUCAUUGCAUAGUAGAACUGCUGUUUUACCAUGCACAUGACAAUAAAACUCUUCAAUCUUGAAUAUUGUGUUCUCCAGCUAUAAAAAAAAAAGUUUGUUUCUACUGUUUUCGGUAAUGAGCAGUGGAACAUUACUAAGUAAGUUUCAGGAAAAUAUCAGUUCCUGACUAGAAAAGGGAGAAAAGCAGCUUUUUGUGAAAAGAUACAUUUCAAGCAGAACUUUCACUUUGACACUAGUAUUUUUUGCUUUUGUGACAGCUUUAAUAUCUAAACAACUAUAACAACAUAAACAACACAAAAAAGGGGUUGUUUUACAUCAAAAUAACAAUUUAUUUGCAAAUGUAACACCGUUAACUAUUUACAAUGUAUCGAGGGAAAGGCUUCUUGAGACGUCAUCUGUACUUCUGUGAAGAAGGUGUUCGCUCCUCAUCCGCGAAACGUCCGACACCUUCUUCACAGAAGUACAGAUGACGUCUCAAGAAGCCUUUCCCUCGAUGGACAACUCCUGUACGACUGAGAGCCUACACAGACGUACUUACAAUUUACACAUUUGGAACACUUCUGCCACCUUGUGGCCGUUUUUAUGGCUCAAAAUUGCUCUGAAGUGAAAUCUAUUAGUGGGGGGUUGCGUCUGCGUCAGCGCCUCUUUUUGCCUCUCGUGCAAAAAAACACAAAAGACGUAUAAAUACGCUGCGGGGAUCAGGCGUUCGGGUUUCUAAAACUGCCUAACUACGCCUUUGGUAUUGAAUGAGUUAAAUAGAAAUGUCUGUUUGUCCAGUCCUACAUUUUGCCAUUGGAAUUUUCUUAAAAGUAACAUUAAAAUAUUGCUCUUGUGAACUCAGUGUCGUGUGUAUAUGCUGGAAGUUACAUAUACUUCGAGAAACAAUAGCGUGCAUCUCGGUGGGCUUUGUGAUACAGGUGGAAAAGCGUAUUAUUAGUGUCAGCUUUUUCUCCUCAAUUACAUUUUUUUAUUCUUGUUUUGUUUUAUUUAACACAAUUUUGAACAUUUUGCUUUCUCUUGUACUGUUAGGAUUUUAGUCUCAGGAUAGUUUGACUUUACUCAAUGUUCAAAAUUUCAACUUUAUUUUUUGUUUCGUUUUGUUUCUCAUAACGGGGUUUUUAUAUUAUAACUUUAAUUUUAUUUGUAAUUUAUUUUUAUUGUAAUUAUUUAUUUUUUCAUCAUAACAUUACGACUUUAUUAGUGUAAAAUGACAGCUUUUUUUCGGGUGAUAUUAUGACUUGCUUUAUUCUCCUGAUAUUUCAACUUUAUUCUUGUAAAAUUACUGCUGUUUUUUUUCCCCAUUUUUGACAUUUUUUUGUUUUUCUUGUUUAAUUGUAUUUAUUUAGAAUGGGCCAAUAAAAAUAAAAAAAAACAGUGAAGGGAUGCAAAUGGCCCCUUGGGCCACACUUUAGAUUAAAACACAAAAGCUAAGCAGUUUUAUGGUCUGCAUUUCGUUCCCUUACUGCUGCGCUGGACAAAGAGCUUGACAACUCGGGCUUUUAGCUCGCUGCCUUUAGCGUUAUCUUAUUCCCUUUGCGCAGUUUUCUCCCAGCACAAAAAUCUAACUGAAGUGAAGGACAGGCCAAAGCAAAUGCGAUUCUGACGCCCCAAAAAGACCGACUCACUUGUUCCUCUCGUAGAACUGUAUGGACAGACUGAUGAUUUCAUCCUCUGCGAUGUUGAACGUCUCCACCACUUCCCCCGGCUCCAGCACGCGACUCUCCGAGUAGAAAUCUCGUCUCCGCUUCAUCUCGUCUGUGAGCCACAGACAACGACCCGUUAUAGCAAACCCACGUCCAAUUCAAAGAUGCUUUGUCUCACCUUUGAAUAACCCCGGAACUAGCUUAUAAACGAUGUCUUGUAGAGUUUUGUCCGCUCUAAACAAGAAAAAAACAAAAAACGAUGAGUUUGCUGUUGAGUUACAGAUGUGGUGAAGAAAAGAUCUGGCCCGGCUUACCUGAUGCUGAGCUGCGGACACGUCUUAUGAACCUGGACGUCACAUCGAGGGCAGAACUUGUUUGUCUCCAAGAAGGCGACGAUGCAUGUUUUACAAACUAUACAGAGCAACACAACACACACGGGAAUUAUCGUAUACGGUGGAACCUGUUCACGACAAUGUAAGUGGUUGUUGACAUAAGUGAAAGCAGCCCUUGCUUGUGACGUAAUGGUGUAGUUUACAACACAACACCACAUCUCAACAUCAACACACAGUUUGUUUUUUUCUCGAGUGGGCACUUUUCAGUAACUGGACCACGGCUUGAUGAGCUGUUGUCGACAUAAACGAUGUCAACCGUAUCACUGUCAGUGAUGUGAUAUUUAACUGCUGACAUAAACUGACCCGCUUUUCAGAGAAACGACCCCUUUGCCUUCAAAACUUAUGUCAACCAAAGCGGUUGACCAUACACAGCAACUUAAGUGGGCACUUUUUGAGUAAUAAGAAUAACACAUGCACCGGCACUUCAGCUGGUCGACACAAGCAGGACCAACUGACUUACAUUUAAGCACUAAGUCGUAUGAUGUUUGACUUUAACAUAAACUCACCAAUUUUUCAUAAGGAUGAACUUUUUGGGUCUCAAUUUUAUGUCAACAAAAGCAGUCGACCGUGUAUGUUGACGUCGACUUAAGCGGGCACUUCUUAGUAUUAAGAAAAAACAUGGUGGACCGGGAUUUGAUGAGCUGGUCGACAUAAACGGAUGAGCUAUUUGUCAAAUGUUAUGUCAACAAAAGCAGUCGACCGUGUAUGCUGACGUCGACUUAAGUGGGCCCUUUUGCAGUCAUGAACAACACACGGACCGGGACUUGAGCCGGUCGACACAGAUGGGUUGUCGACAUAAACGGGGCCGACUUACCGGUACUUGCAUUUCGGCACUAAGUCGUGUAACGUUUGACCGCAACAAAAACGAACACAUUUUUCACAGGAAUUAACUUUUUGGGUGUCCGUUUUAUGUCGACAAAAGCAGUGGACUCGCCGUUGAUGUGGUUUACAUACCACACAACACGUCUCCACGUAAACUGGCCCACUGGUCAGUCGACAUAGACGGGUUGUCGACAUAAACCAGCCAAUUAUUUUUCAAAUGUUAGGUCGACAAAAGUGGUCAACCAUGUAUGCUGACUUAAGCGGGCACUUCUUUUUAGCAAUCAAAAUAGCAAGGUGAACCAGGACAUGAUGAGUCAGUCAACGUUGACGGGUUGUCAACAUAAACGGACCGAUUGCGUUUCAAAUGUUUUGUCAACAAAAUCAGUUGGCGAUGUAGGUCGAUGUCGACUUAAGCGGGGACUUUUAUGGUAACAAAAAGAACACAGUAGACCAGGGCUCAAUGAGUCGGUCGACAUAGACGGGUUGUCGGCAUAUGUAACCCGCCCUGCCCGCACCGGGGCUCGAACACAGGACUUUCGUAAUGGGAGGCGAGGGCGCUGACCACACGGCUAAAAGCCCGGACUGUCGGCCGUGUGUUCAGCGCAGCUCUUAAGGCAGAGGGAGUGAGGUUUACCACCGUACACUCGCACAGCCUCACAGACUGGCAUCCGUUACACAUAAACGGGAUGAUUCUUUUUCAAAUGUUAUGUCAACAAAACCGGUCAACCAUUUAUGUCGACAUCUAUUUAAGACGGCUUUUUUUUUCUUUUUUUUUUUUCUAAAUAAUGAGAACACGGGGGACCGAGACCUGAAGAGUAGGUCGACACUGAUGUGUCGUCAACAUAAGCAGGCAGAUAAUUUUUCAAAUGCUACGUCAACAAAAGGGGUUGCCCAUGUAUGGCGAUAUCGACGUAAGUGGGCACUUACACCGACAUAACAUAGCAUAACCAACAUAAACGGGUUCCACUGUAUCACCCUUAGCAAUAUGACGUUCAACUGUUGACAUAAACAGACCUGUUUUUCAUAGAAGUGAAGCUUUUGGGUGUCAAAUGUUAGGUAUACAAAAGCAGUCGACACAUGUAUGUUGACGUGUACUAAAGUGGGCACUUUUUAGUAAUAAGAAAAAACACGGUGGACCGGGACUUGACGAGUAGGCCGACACUGACGGGUCGUCAACAUAAACGGAUGGAUUAUUUUUCAAAUGUUACGUCAACAAAAGGGGUCGCCCAUGUAUGUCGACAUCGACGUAAGCAGGCACUUUUUUUUAGUAACAAAACAACAUGGAGGACCGAGACUUCAUUAGUCGGUCGAUAUCGACGGGUUGUCGACAUAAACGGGCUUCCACUGUAUGGCUAUAAUCCUUUACUGUUUACAUUUCAGCACUCUUUCAUCAAGAUGAUUGGUAGUUUGAAAUCAACGGAUGAACAACUUUUUCACACCGCAUGGCUAACUGAAAGAUGUCCAGUGGGGGACAUUGUAGUUGUCUACGACCAUGCACGUCUAACGCGAUAGACGGGGGGUUGUACUUACAGGAGUGGAGGCAUUCUACGAUGGUGGUUGCAUCAACUAAGUAACCAGCGCACAGGGGACAAGUCAGAUGCAAAUUCAGAUCUGUGAUUUUAAUCCGAUUGGGCUGCAUUUUGUCCAUCUGGGUGGAUCUGCAAAAAGAAUGGCACGGAAACGUGAAUUAGGCUUAUUAUGCUUCACGAGACUGUCCGUUGUCAGUCAUAUAAUCAGUGGAAGCCUUUCCCACAUGCAAUGUCUGCAGCUCGUCCUUGGGACACACAAGAGAAGCACCAAUGCAUAUUGGAGCGAUAAAUAAAUAAGGCUUUGUGAGGGCCAGCCCUGCGGCUCGGUGCAGCCGUGUGCUGGUGCUGGUGCUGGUGCACAGCAGCCCACUUCAAUGGCUCCUGUGUGGCCUCCUCGCAGGCAUCAGCGCCGCGGAUCGGCCGGAGCGGCAACAAAGGAGGGAAUCCAUUCGCGCGGAGUUCCGCUGCUCGAUCCCGGAGCGCAAGUGAACGCACCACAGCCUCCCAGCAAGAGAGAGCAGUGUGAGGGGAAAAGCCCACUGGUACACAAAGCAGCCAUCUUAAAUCCACUGACAGGGCUUGUGUGAGGAGGCGAACAUGCGAGGCUGAAAACGUGACACCGCGUAGUGGGAUUGAACCAGCGAACUAAUAAAUGCUGGCCGAGCUUCGUUCGUACCUGAUUUGACAUCGACGCUUCCCUCUUCCCUCGUACCUUCUUCUUACACUUGGACGCAGUUUGCAGCAGCGCCAGAAAAUGGCUUUUUUUUCAGCCUAGUCGGAGGACUGCCCAUUUUCUGUCACGUGAUAUUAUUUUGUCGCCUCGUUCACCGGGCAAGGGUGGUGGGGGCGCGAUACUGCACUUUUUGGUAUCGAUCCGAUACCAAGUUAUUAUAGGGCCAGUGUUGCCGAUGCCGAUACUUUCGGAUUUUGUGAUAUUACGUUUCAUUUUGAUGAUUAUUACAAUAAGAAUAAAACACAGGGUAAGAAAAAAUAAACUUAUAACUUAAAUAUAUGUAUUGACAAUGUACCAAUAUCAACUAAAAAAAAUACACAUUUUCCUUAUUCCGUUUAUUACCUGCGUACAAUUGUAACUGAAAAUGUUGGUAUCAAUCAAAAACCACGUAAAUACUGAGCCAGUGCUGCCGAUACUACUAUCGACAUUUGAUGCAAGGCUCUCCCGUCGCUCCGGUGUCUUGUCAGCAGAGGAAACACGUUAGUUUGGAUUUUGUUACGUUGCGUUUCAUUGGGUACACAAUGGCAACACCCGUAUCGUUCCUCUCACCCAAACCGAGAAACCUCAAAGAGACUGGCCCGGCUUUGUUCAGGGCCCGCUUGUCAUAAAAACAAUUGACAUAAUGAAUUGUUUAAUGACACAAAUAAAGCAGAAGGAUUCAUUUAGAUGAAAUGAUUACUUAAGAAGCUUUACAAAGAAUAUGUCAUUAUAAAUAAAUAUAUAUAUAUACAGAUUACACAUUCAGUUCAUGUAACGCCCAUUUAUUUAAUUUAUUCAACAGAAUGUAAUGCAAUAUGACUUUUAAGGAAAUUUACCAUGAAAGUUGUUUCAUGUGAGUCUCUGAAGAAAACCUUUGAUGCGUGGAUGCUUUGGAAAUAAACACAAACGUUUUAGCACUUGGGAUCUAUCCUUAGAGAGAUAUACUGUAUG